GCUGUUGAAGACUUGACUGUCGCAUCUUCACUUCUUCACCAUCGUUUUUUAGCACCAGCGAAGUGUGCACAUAUUUUUCUACACAAAAAACAUUCAAGUUUUGUACAACAAUUACGUUUUCACACAACAGAAAUGAAACUAAUAAUCAAAAUUCUUAAAGGAGACGAAUAUGUCGUUGAGGCAACGGAGGAAUCCACCAUCAUGGACAUCAAGCAGGAUCUCGAGCGCAAAAGUAUGAUCCCGGUGGAGCACCAGAAGCUGCUACUGGUGGGAAAAACUCUGUCCGACGAGAAAACCAUCGCCUCGUACGGUAACAUCAAGGACGGCACCAAGCUUACGCUGGUGGUGAAGAAGCCCGACCCCCUGAGGGAAGUCAUAUUCCGACAGUUCAAGAAGUACCUCCAGGAGGAACAAUCCCAGCGAUUGACCAACGAAUUCAUGAAGGAUUUCGACAGCAAAGUCCAGCAGCUCAGUUUGGAUGAUUUGGAGAAGAUAGCUAGCGACAUUCUUGCAAAAAAGGGUCAAAAUGUGUGAUAGGUUUUGCUUUAGACGAUUCUAGACUAUUGAGAUCACAAUAAAUUGCUUCCCAGGGUAAGGCUUA